GGGGGGUGGUGGCAAAAAAAGAGUGAAGCAAAUUGCCCCGCGUGUGUUUCCAGAAGAGGGGGAAGAGAAGAAAACAGCGAUUCCGAUGCCUUCUUCCACUUUGAGCGAGAGGGACAACCCCUAAAAAAAAAAAAAAAAACCGUUUUUCGGUACACGAGGGGACAGACACACGGACGUCUCCGUCAUCCUCCACUUCAUGAAAAAAGGACGCGUCUCGGUAAAAAAAAAAAAAGAAAAGAAAAAGGUGACCAGAGAAACCGACGGUGGAUAUCAUGGCAGCUACUUUAUCGGCGGAGGAAGAACAGGCUACCAGGCAGUUUCUGGAGGAAAUCAACAAGUGGACCAGUCAGCAUGGAGUGUCGUCGCUGUCCAGGGAAUUGGCCGUCAAGUUCCUCAUGGCUCGCAAGUUUGACGUCCUCCGAGCCAUUGAGCUAUUCCACAGCUACAGGGAAACGCGUCUUAAAGAAGGAAUCGUCCGACUUCAGCCUCAGGAAGAACCUCUGCGCUCGGAGCUGCUCAGCGGAAAGUUCACCGUGUUGAGUGUGCGGGAUCCUUCGGGGGCCUCCAUCGCCUUGUACACGGCCAAACUGCACCACCCGAACAAGACAGGCAACCACGUGGUGCUCCAGGCCCUCUUCUACCUCCUGGAUCGGGCCGUGGAAAGCUUUGAGACCCAAAGGAAUGGCUUGGUGUUCAUCUACGACAUGGCGGGCUCCAACUACACAAACUUUGAGCUGGACCUGAGCAAGAAGAUACUCAACCUGCUCAAGGGGGCGUUCCCUGCCAGGCUGAAGAAGGUGUUGAUCGUCGGGGCCCCCGUUUGGUUUCGAGUGCCCUACAAUCUGCUCAGCCUGCUCCUCAAGGAGAAACUACGGGAGCGGGUGCAGAUGGUGAAAAUGGCCGAGCUGCGCCAGCACCUCCCCAGAGACUGCCUCCCCCAGCACCUCGGCGGCCUGCUGCCCCUGGAGUCGUACAGCUGGAACCAGCAGCUCCUGGCGGGCCAGAACGGCCGGGUGGACCCGGUGGACGAGCUGGUGGGCAUUCCCGUGGAAGACGCCUCCAUUCACGUGCCGGGGCCCGAGUCCAUGCGCCCGCAGGAGCUGCUGACGCACCUCGGCCGGCUCCAGCGCUCGGGCGUCCACCAAGAGUACGAGGAGCUGCGCAAAGAGCCGCCGCCCGGAAGCUUCCACUGUGCACAAUUAGCUUACAACCAGGAGAGGAAUCGCUAUGGAGACGUGCUGUGCCUCGAUCAAACCAGAGUUCGCUUGAAAACCAGAAGGAACGAGAGGUCCGACUACAUCAACGCCAGCUUCAUGGACGGCUACAAGCAGCGGAACGCAUACAUCGGUACUCAAGGACCACUGGAAAAGACCUACGGGGAUUUCUGGAGAAUGGUCUGGGAACAAAACAUGCUUGUUAUUGUCAUGACAACCAGGACGGAUGAGGGCAGUCGGAAGAAGUGUGGACAGUAUUGGCCCCUGGAGGAAGGGGGGCAGGAGGUCUACGGCCACAUGGCGGUGGUGAACCAAAGGGUGGACCACCACACCCACUACAACCACACCACCCUCGAACUGCACAACACUGAGACAUGUGAACAGAGACAAGUGAGUCAUUUCCAGUACCUCAGCUGGCCCGACUACGGCGUCCCCAGCUCAGCAGUGACUCUCAUUGACUUCCUGGGAGCCGUGAAGAGACAGCAGAGGAAAAUGGUGAAGGGUUUGGGACUCCAGUGGGCCGGCCACCCACAGGGACCCCCCAUGGUUGUCCAUUGCAGUGCGGGGAUUGGGAGAACAGGUACCUUCUGUGCUCUGGACAUCUGUCUGUCCCAGUUACUGGACGUCGGCUCCCUGAAUGUUUGCCAGACGGUGCGACGCAUGAGAACGCAGAGGGCCUUCAGCAUCCAAACCCCGGACCAGUACUACUUCUGCUACAAUGCCAUUUUGGAGCACGCCCAACGGCAGGGCCUGCUCCCAGCCAAUCAGUGAGCUUCAUCCCAUGCCGUCCCCCCCCCCCCCAGAUUAUUCCACGAGCCCUGAGAUCCCUGCAGUCAAUCUGUUGAACCCCCUCCCCCCAAACUGUGUUGCGUGACCAAUCUGUGGGACCGGGAUGGUAAACGUCCUCCGAGAAGCCGUCCGUUGAAACCGGGGCCGUUCUUCAUUGGCAGGACGAGGCGAGGAGAAAAAAGCCCCCCCAACCCCCCCGAGAUUCGACAUUUAUCGCGUUUCAAUGUGACAUUUUGUUUGUGCCGAGCAUCUUUCAGAUGAACGAGCUGCUCUUGUGCAGCGUUGUGAUCCGGCACGCUCGGGGAAGUGAUCGAGGUAACGUUUUAUUAACCUUUUUUCUUUUAAAAAUAUUUAUUUGCCACUUUAAACCGACGGUUUAGGGGAAUUUCUUUCUUUUUUUUUAAAGGAGUAGUUCACCCCAAAAUAAGUAUUCAAUCAUUAUCCACUCAGGCCAUGUUGGUUUUAAAAAAACGCCACUAAACUUUGUAUGACUGCAAAUAAAUAUGACUUUUAAAUUGUAUUUCUCCUCACAACUGCUGCGUGAAGUUGUUCUUGUUUGUUCUUUAAUGGCCAAAUGAAUGCCCCAUCGCCAUGGUUACUGAGUAAUAUCUUGAUCAGAUGCACAAAGUAAGCGCUAAACUUCUUCUUUUAAUAGUUUUGAGAAGAGCUGAGCUGGAACCACAGUAGCUAGCUUAUCUUAUAUAUAUUUUUUUUCUAAUAUACAAAUUGUAUUUAUUGCAGUUAUAAUUGACGCACGCGGGCGAGAUGCAAGUUAAUGACAAUUUUUAUUUUGGGGUGAAGUGAGCCUUUUUAACCAAGGACACCAUUUUCUUUUCACUUUUUUUUUUUUUUGUAUUCCAAAUGGGGAGCUUGAUAACAAUAAUGGAUUUUGGUUUGGUUUCGUAGUUUCUACACCUCCCCGUGUCCAGGAAAUAUCGAGUAGUGCGUUUUUAGCACGUGGUUAAUGUCGCGUAGAAGGUACGAGCUCGUCUCAGGAGUGUCCCGCUGAACACAUGGAGGUCAAACCGAUCAACCUUUUUUUUAAAAGAAAAAAUACAAAAUAAAACAACUUUUGCCAAUAAGUUGUCGCAUUCCUUCUGAAGUUGCGUAACGCAUUCUCCUCUGCCUUAGAAAGAGACUCGGUAAAGAGGGGUGAAGCACAUCCACAACCAUCGGGCUGUGAACUCCUAUAGAUGGCCGAUGCGUGUGUCUCCCCCCCCCCCCUCCCCCACUGUGAUCACUCGCUAAAUCGCUGUCCGUGUGAAUUCCUCUCUCCUAGUUUUUAUUUAAUUUUUUUUUCUCCAAAUAUAUCCACUGGACCUUCCGUCUCACUAAAUUGAGAUUUUCUAACUUCUCCAGACGGGGGACCGGUGUCCUCGUGGCCGCCUUUGCUCACGAGCAGUGCUUCAGUGGUUGUGCUCACACGGUGUAGAGCAGUCUGCAGUGACUCCGCCCUCGGAGCAAACAUCUGUGGGAGCCCUCGGUUGAGACCUCAUGAGUAGUGCAAUUUUUAUUUUAUUUUUAACACACCAAUCAUUGUCUUAGCACUUUCCGAUAACUAUUCCCGAUGAGAUUAGUCGUCAUGGCGAUAGGAUGGGAUGACGCAUAAAACAUAAUUCUGUAGGUCUGCAUGUGACGCUGGGGAUAACUUGAUUGUUAAAUUUAGCGAUGUAAUAGGAAACAUUUAGUGACAUUUUGGGACUUACUGUAAACAUCUGCAUAGAGCUUUAUCAAGAGGAUUUAUUACAGGGAAGCCAGAAAUGAAUGAUAGAAAAGGUUGAACAGGCAUCCACAAAUCUGUGCCUGCACCCUAUAGGGUCCUCCUCGGGACACUUGAGAGUCAGAAAUUUUGUCUGAAUAAUAUUUUCAUUAUUAUUGUGUUACUUUUUACGUUCUACAGACUGUGGUUGUAAUCAGUGCUUUCAUCUGGUCCCAGUAUCUUGCCAUUUUAUUCCAGAGUACAUGUACAAAAACUGAGUGUCCGUGUGUCAUACGUUGCAUUAUGUCGUUGCCGGGUGAAAAAAAAACAACAAAAAAAACAAAUGUGUUCUUUGCUACAGAAUUCAUAUUGAAUUUGCUUGUGGUGAAGCAUUUUUAAGUCUGCCAUCGUCAUGCACUCUUGAUUUUUAGAAUUUGUUUUUUCCUUUUCAAUGACGGACGCAAAAUGUGCCGUAUUUUAUUUUUCUAUUGUAUUCAACAACCGUUUUCAUACGAUUACCCAGGAUAUACAGUUAUCUACAUUAAUUUUAUAUUUGUUCUAUUGUAACCUAUUACUUUAUCAUUCGUAUGACUAUUGAAUCAAGCUAUACUGUAUUAAAUACAAACUGUCAACGUA